UUAAUUUGCAUUCAUAGUCGAAGGAGAAAAUGAUGAAAGGCGUACGGCGCGGUUGUGUGCGACUCAAGGACGCAGUUAUCGGUAUAGACGAUCAAGAGGACAAUACGUUCACGAUAACUGUGGAUCACAAAACAUUUCAUUUUCAGGCGCAACACAGCGAGGAACGCGAGAAGUGGGUUAGACGACUAGAGGACACCAUACGACGGCAUGCGAAUCGCACUCGGCUGUGGGACAAUCAGAGCACUUUUUACCUUGGCGGCUAUCAGAAGGAUGUGAUAGGCAACAAACGUGCCAACCACUUGGAAUUACUGGGUCGACGUGUAUCUGAAGCGGACGCCUAUUUGCAGUUAAUCAUCGAGCAGACUAAUAAAAUCGACAAACGCAUUGAGGAAAUAACGGAUGCUGAGGAAAAAGUCAAAUGCAAAGCACUACAGGACAACGCCAGUGCCAUGUUGGAUCAUAUCAAGCACUCCAUUGUAAGUCUACAAAUUGCCAAAAAUAUGGCUCAUCCAAUUAAUGGCAUCUACAAUGGGCCCAUAAGUGCGACCACCCGCAGCAACAGUGCCGCUGCCACUCUGACGAGCAUGAAUACUGCAGGCACAACUUCUGGGAGCGCUAUGAUAGCCGCAGCGGCAGGCAAAACGCUACUCACGAGCGCCAUAGAUCCGGUGACGGGCGCAAAACUGGAUGUGAGCGGGGGCGAGGAGGAGGAGGAGGAUUCCACUACGGAGAAUGGCUUAUUGCCGCAAACAGUGCCACGCGUUGUCAAUGAUGUACCCACGCAACAUCAGCAGCGCAUCGAACUUGACCAGCAGCAACAAAAAACCAAACAAUACUUCCGUUAUCAACGCCAAUAUCAACACAUCGGCAUGCUGCCUAGCCCCACCGCCAACAGCAUUGAUAUUGUUGACAUUAUCGCCGAUGGCAUUGAGUACGGCACUGCGGUCGAAAUCGCCAUUAGCGGCGGCCCAGUUGGUGCGACAACAGCUCCUCUGGCUGUAGAUGUGCCUGAAACCUCAUAUUCUAGCAGCGAAGAUGAAGAGGACUUCUACGACGCGAACGAUGAUCCGUUCACUAGUAUGGGAAAUUCACCUAGCUAG